AUGGCCAUCCUACGCCAAGUGGCUUAUAUCGCGAGUCUGGUACCGCUGGUUGUGGCGGACAUUGGCACAGGAGGAGAUCUAAUUAUUGGUAAUGAUGCGCCAUUCGGUCUCCCAGACAGUUCAUUUCGGCCUCUAUCGCAAGCCAAUGCCACUGGCUCGUUUACCAUCCCGGGAUUCAAUUUAUCUUCGUCAAAUCCAUCUGUACAAGGCGAUGGGCAUAACUGGAACAUCGACAUCUCAGUUCAGGCCAACAUCCCGCUCAAUGGUUCUAAUGACACAAGCCUCAGCGCAGCCGAGAAGAAUGAUUUCACCCAGUUCAUCUCCAUGAGUCUCAGUAAUGUGGAGAAAACAGAAGUUUCCAAAAUUGCAAAAGGGAACAAGAUGUGCGGCUACGUCAUGCUUGGUCUCAAAGACAACGUGAUAGCAGACAACCAGGACGAUGCGACCAAAGGCGGGAAGUGUGACUUUUUAUCGCAGCAGUGUCAGAGAGACCUACAGGCCGCCGCCCAAGGUGGAUUCUCUGAUUGUGGUUCAGCCCCCCUACCAGACUCUUGCAACGACUGGCUAGGCCCGUCUGGAGAUCAAAUCUUCCAAAUGACUUCGUUUGUAUUUAACGAGAAACUCAUCACCGACGGUCGCUUUUUCACAGCCGGCUCAGCCCCAGCGUCCGAGAAUAACCAAACAGAGUACGAUUCUGCCGUUAGAUACAUCUGGCCUGUCAUCCUCACAUGGAGUCACACAUCCAACACGCCAGAUAAUAUGACCACUACCACGUCAGCCCUCCGCUGCUUGCGUGCCAGCAACAUUACCGAUGGCAGCCGAGAUCCGAAUGCUUCAAACAAGGGAGGAAACGGAGACAAGGGGGACGAUGGUCAUUCUAAUGCUGCUGGUCUCAAUUCUGCGCCUACACUUUGGGUGACGGCGUUUUUGAUGGUAUGCGCAUCUGGUUUAGCAAUUCUAUGA